CAAUACUGUAGUAUGUUUUGUGAAUAACACUGACAGAAAGAGAGUUAUUCACAACAAAGAAAUAUAAAGGAAUUUGAUUUUGCAGGGUUAAUAUUGAUUAAUUAUUUAUAUAUCCCUUUUUAAUAUAAAAUAUUUGCUUGACGAUUUGUUAUUACAAUGGUUUUAACUAAAGAAUACAGGAUAUGUAUGCCCAUGAGUGUCGAAGAGUAUCAUAUUGGACAACUGUAUAUGAUAGCAAGGCAUAGUUUAGAACAAUCUGGAGAUGGGGAAGGAGUAGAAGUAAUUGAAAACAGAGAAUGUCUAGAUGACAAACAUGGAAAAGGGCAGUUUACAGAAAAGAGAAUUCAUCUGUCUAGCCGACUUCCUUAUUGGAUACAAUCCGUCAUACCAAAAAUAUUUUAUGUGACUGAAAAAUCAUGGAAUUUCUAUCCAUUCACUAUAACUGAAUAUACAUGUUCUUUCAUUCCAAGAUUUAACAUAUCAAUUGAAACCAAAUAUGAUAACAAUAAUGGAUGUACUGAAAAUUGUCUUGGCUUAACUCCAGAAAAAUUAGUGGACAGAACAGUUGAUUACAUAGAUAUUGCUUACGAUGAAGUAUCUGCCAAACAUUACAAAGAAGAGGAGGAUCCAAGGUUCUUUCAGUCAAGAAAAACACAAAGAGGACCUUUAGUAGAAGGAUGGAGAAACAACUUUCAACCAAUUAUGUGUUCUUAUAAAUUGGUUCAUGCUUCUUUUGAAGUAUUUGGUUUACAAACAAAAGUGGAAGAUUUUAUUCAUUCUUGUAUAAGAGAAGUACUGCUGUUAGGUCAUAGACAAGCAUUUGCUUGGAUAGAUGAAUGGAUUGAUAUGACUAUGGAAGAUGUUAGAACAUAUGAAGCAAAUUUACAGAAGCAAACAAAUUCUCUAUUAAAGCAAGCAGAAACGCCUAUAACAGCUGCAGAUGGGGGUGGAUCUUCGACAUUGGUUGGAAACGACGGCGGAGGAGAUAAUGGAAUUUUCAAUAAUACACUUGGUAUAACCCCUCCAGAAACGCCAAAGUCGCCUGUAAAAAAAGGUUAUUUUUCUGGUUGGUUUUAAUCUUGAAUUCAAUAAAGGUUGCAUCAUAAUUUAUUGUGCAAUAUAUAAUUAUUAUGUUAUCCAUUUGAAUCCAGUUGAUUUAUUAAAAUUUGUUUC